ACGUCCAUGGGGGUUGUAUGUGCGCCCCAGAUGUGUGGGUAUGUCCAUCAGGACUGACACAUCCAUCCUGCAGCGGUUGAGCUGGCCCCUCUUUUGCAGUUCCCACAGCAUGGUGCUCAAGGCCUUCUUCCCCACCUGCUGCGCAUCUGUGGACAGUGGCCUGCUAGUGGGGCGCUGGGUGCCGGAGCAGAGCAGCGCCGUGGUGCUGGCAGUGGUGCAUUUCCCCUUCAUCCCAGCGCAGGUGAAAGAGCUCCGCCAGGUGCAGCAGGCUAGCCAGCUGGGUGUAGCUGUGCUGGGCACCUGGUGGCCACCGCCGGCAGGAGUCUGAGUGAGGAGCCUUGGCCGCUUUCUGGAGGGCAUGGGCACCAUCUUCUCCCAUGAGCCCUGGCUCCAGCUAUGCCGGGAGAGGGGCAGCAAGUCCUGGAGCUGCAAGGCCACUGGCUGGCAGGUGACUGCCUCCCUCCAAAUGUCCCGCUGAGGACAAGGUCCUGCUGGUCUUCAUGACCAGCGCAAAGUGCUGCAAGCGCAGCUACACCCACCCACGGCCCUGGCCCCACCAGGAGUCAGGAGAUGCCCUGCCAGCACUGAGGGCCUGGCUGCUAUCUUUGACACGGUGGCACGAAGUACACUGCUCUUCCAGAGUGACUGCUUUGAUGAGGUUCCUGUGCGGCUGAGCCACUGGCAGUCAGACGGCGUGGAGGGCAGCAUCCUGGUGGAGCUGGCCAAGCAGGCCUCAGGGCCUGUGACCUGCUCGUGGCCUGUCUGCCUCUCACUCCUGUCCACGAUCAGCUCCUGCAGGUUGCUCCAGUCGUGGCCUCUGACCUUCAUCUGGAGCAAACUGUCCACGUGUGAGCAGCUCAGGCACCGCCUGGACCACCUCAAGCUGGUCUUCAGCACCCAGAAGGCCAAGGAUCCUGCACAGCUGAUGAGGAAGGCCAACACGUUCAUGUCCCUGCUCCUCGACCUGGCCCUUGGCUUUGCCUUGCUCUUCUGGCUGCACAGGAAGGACCACAUCGGGCAGCUGGCUGAUGCCCUCGUCCCUGUGGCCGAACAUGUGUCGGAAGAGCUACAGCGCCUGCUGCAGUGGCUGAUGGGAGCUCCCGCCGGGCUGAAGAUGAACCGGGCACUAGACCAGGUCCUGGGCCGAUUCUUCCUGUAUCACAUUCACCUGUGGAUCAGCUACAUCCACCUCAUGUCUCCCUUCAUCGAGUGCAUCCUGUGGCACGUGGGCCUGUCGGCCUGUCUGGGACUGACUGUGGUCCUGUCCAUCCUGUCGGACAUCCUGGCGCUCCUCACCUUCCAUAUCUACUGCUUCUACGUCUAUGGAGCCAGGCUCUACUGCCUGAAGAUUUAUGGGCUGUUCCUCUGGCGUCUGUUCCGGGGGAAGAAGUGGAAUGUGCUGCGUCAGCGAGUUGACUCCUGCUCCUACAACCUGGACCAGCUGUUCAUUGGGACGUUGCUGUUCACCAUCCUGGUCUUCCUGCUGCCCACCACAGCCCUCUACUACCUGGUCUUCACCUUGCUCCGGCUCCUGGUGGUCACCGUGCAGGGCCUCAUCCACCUGCUCGUGGACCUCAUCAACUCGGUGCCGUUGUUUGCACUGGGCCUUCGACUCUGCCGGCCCUACAGGCUUGCAGCCGGCGUGAAGUUCCGGGUCCUGGAGCGUGAGGCUGGAAGGCCCCUCCGCCUCCUCAUGCAGAUCAACCCCCUGGCCUACAGCCAUGUGAUUCGCACCUACCGCCUCCCCAGCUUGGGUUGCCCUCCUCAGCACUCCUGGGGUUCCUUGUGCAGCAAACUGUUUCUUGGGGAGCUCAUCUACCCUUGGAGACAGUGAGGGGGGAGCAAGCAGGACUGA